CUAAUAUCGCCUCGACUGCUCCAAGAAGACAGCCUCACGUCACCGCUUCAGCGUUUCUCGCUGUAAACUGUUAGCUGCGAGUAGGUAGCUUCUUCCGGAGGAGCAUAUACUUGCGAGAUGCAGAGAGAGUGAUUCAUACAAGAUCUGAGUGCUUCUACCGCAAUUGCAGACCAACAAGCAUUUGGAAUCUUUAUAUCAGCGUACGAAAGAAACGCAGAGAGCGUAUUUGUUUCAUGUGCGAGUCAACAUUUUAGCUACGACUAGCUCCUGCAUCACUCGCGUCAGCGGGAAACCUGCCCCGCAAUGAAUAUGAUGAAUCCUGGAGGUAAUCCGCCCAACAUGGCUCCAACGACAGCGGGGCCCGGAGCUCCAAGCGGUCAGCAGGUACAGGCAGCGACUGCGGGUGCGUCAUGGCGGGUUUUUGCAAAUGACGAAGCAUUUGCAGCCGGAAACUCAUUGUCGCAGACAAGAACGGAAAAUUACCGCGCCAAGCAGCUGAGCACAGGGUCCUCGCAACAACCGCAGCAGCCCCAACCGCCGCACGGGCUUCUCAGCCUGCAGCUAUUGUUGAGGUUCUCCGACAGUGUGCGCCACUUGUACGUUUUUGUGACGGUUAUGUCCAUGCUUUUCAAGUUCGCCGCUUUUCCAAACUCGAAAGACCUGCAGAGUACGCGGCUCGGGGAGGAAAUACCGUGCAUUGUCCUCUUCUGGCUAAUCGAAGGCACCAGAAUACAGGUAUUGAUCGACGACUUCUCGUCAUCAAGUCGAAAAUUUGUAAUUUCGCCGAUGGUUCGUGUCUUUUGGUUUCGGCCUAGUCUUGUUCGUUCAAAUGUUGAUGCACAGUUGGACCAUUUUCGAGUUCAUCGUUGAUUGCACAUGGUGAAAGCCAAAAUGAAACUGACAGUUUGGGUAUGACGGCAACAAGACAGAGCGGUGUUCGCGGCUGGCGGUGUUCAAUCUCCUGAGCAUUCCGCAAAUUCUGUUCCUGGGUUUCUUCUUCACGGCGCAGGUUUACGUUUUGCGGAUCGACGGCUUCAUGAACCUGUCGCUGCUCAUCGUGACGGCCGCACAAGUGGGACUCACCCUGCCCCUUGCUAUUCGAUCGGGCGGCCUUCGACAAAUUGGCGGGGAGUUCGAAACGUUUGUGACAGCCGGGGGCGCCGGGUUUUUGCUCUUCGUCGUCUUUGUCUUGUUUGACGCUGGACAGACAGAGAACAGUGGGAAAACAUGUCCAACCACGAGGUUGACAGACUGCACAGUCACAACCGUUUCCUAAUUCACGGUAGAUGAUGAUUGCUGGGUCCCCUCUGUGGUCUCAAGAGAGAGUGCGAAGGAAGAGCAACUGGGACGAACGCACCGAAGCCGGUGCAGCAGCAGCA